AUGGUUUCUAUCAAAGCUAUCCUAGCCUUCGCCCUGGCCGGCACUGCUAUCGCAACCCCCAUUGAAAACCGCAACAACCACGUUAAAUGCAACAACGUAGCGCUCAAGGGCCACGAACAAAAGCUCAGCGUUGACAACGUCAUGAGCCAGCUUGGUGCCUCCCCAAUCGACACCGGUAGAUCCGGCUAUCCUCAUGACUUCGAGAACUUCCAGAACAUCAAGUUCCCCAAGGGCUGCAGAAACGAGCGCCUUCGCGAGUACCCUGUCUUCCAGGCCGAGGGCGCCCGUUACAACUUCGACUCCCGCCCCAAGGACAACCCAGGCCCAUUCCGUGUCAUUGCUACCGCCGAAACGAGACUUUACUGCGGUGUCAUCUCUCACGACGGAGAGGGUGAGAACCCAAACGCCGGAAACUUCCACCUCUGCGAGUAA